AUGCUCUUCUCCAUGCAUGCAGCAUUCAUCACAGCGCUUUUCUCUUCUCCUGCUCUGGCGAUGAACCACUUUGCUGGACUCACUGCGUCUAAUAGCAUUGGUGGAACAGGCACAUAUGCCUGCCGUACGCAAGCGCAGUGGAACCAGCUUGCCAACGACGCUAAAAGCGAGGGCUUCGGUGCUAUUCGUAUUAUGGGCUUUGACUGCAACGCCUUAGACAUGGCGUCCUCUGCCGCUGCUGCUGCCGGUAUUCAGGUGCUAGCUGGCAUCUAUGUCUCUGGAACGAUUGCUUCGGGCAUGACGCAAAUCAAUAACGACGUCCAAACAUUCCGUGCAGCGUACGCCAAGUACGGGCCCGGAAGGUACUUGGGCUUGACAAUAGGAAACGAAGUCAAUGAUUCAGCUGCCAAUAUCAUGGCCAAAGUCUAUGAUGUUCGAGGUUACCUCGGGUCCAUCGGUGUAACAACCCCCGUCUCCACUGUCCACACCUGGGUCGACAUCCGCGCCAAUGCGGCUCUUUGCGGGGCCGACUUCGUAGGGGCCAAUGCCCACGUGUUCUUCGACGGCGGACGAACCUCUGGUCAAGCAGGUGACUUCAUCUUCAAGAUCGUCGUUCCGGCCCUCAAAGCCGCCUGUCCUGGCAAGAAGAUCAUUAUUACAGAGUCUGGGUGGCCCUCUCGGGGCAGGAACAAUGGCGUCGCUGUGCCCUCCGUUGCGGAUGAACGAAGUGCUAUCCUCAGCCUCAAUUGUGCAAGCCGCAAUGACACCAGCGUCUCGAUCUUCGCGUUCGAGUACGACGACCAAAUGUGGAAGGGCAAUGACAAUGAACGAAGCUUUGGUAUAUUUGGCAAGAUCCAACUAGAUGGAGACGCCUUCAGUCCAUGCUAA